AUGCCCUCUCUAUCAGCUAUUUUAGAUGAAUGUCGUUGUCCUGCUGCUCCAGAUCUGGGCAUGGGUACUCAAGUACCUGUAGUACAUACACAAAUACAUCGAACACCACCACGACAAGUUGAACAUAAACGUCAAUUCCUUUCAACGUUAGCACCACUCACAGCUUGUGUAGCAGGAAAUAAAGACGAUUUAACUUCAUACUACACCUUAGCUACUGCUCAUCACAGUAGUCAUUCCACAAGUCAUGCGCAUUUAGUAGAAUAUAGUUCAGGUUUAACCGGAGAACAGUCUAAUAUAACUUUAAGUGGUGAAGAUCAGCGUAAAGUAGCACCAGAUGUAAUUGCCGGAACGCCAGGCCAAGAACAGCAAGACGAAUUGACAGCAUUUGCAUAUCAAGAAGUAAGUCGUACAGAAAAGUUGAAAAAACGCUAUAUAAACGAUAAUUUAAAUGUGAGUUCUGAUGAUGAUGAACAAAAUGAUUAUGGGUUUAAUAAACGUCCAUCUGUACGAGGUAUAAAACCUAAAUUCAAUUCAACAAACGAAAUAUUACAGCAAAUGCAAGAACAAUUAACUCAACAAAUGCCAAAUGUAAAUAUGCAGAUUCCAUCAGCUCAAACUGCGCAGUAUAAGGUCUCACAACAGCAACAUCAACAGCAACAACAGCAGCAAGAAAAAAAUAUACAACAGCAAAUUGAAAUGCACACUAAUACAAUUACUCAACAACAGGCAGAACAUAGAACGUGGAGUUUUUAUCCUGAAUCUGAUGAUACCAAACAACAAAUACCAAUUGAAACUAAUUUACAACAGGAUUUUUACCAGACGCUUCCAGCUGGCACAAUGUUUCGUCAAACAAUGAUUCAACACGAUCAAGAUGAAUCACUAAUGUAUUCACAGAAUUCCCAAACCAUGACUUCAAUUGACCCGACGCAUUAUGGGCACUUGGUUCGAAGCCCCACAAGAAGACCAGAAUCACCACCACCACUAAGAAAUUAUCACCAAACUAUGCUACUGAUUCCAUGUAACGCAGAGACGUACUCACAACUUGCUCCCAAAAAUUUGGAUCCAAAAGUCGCUCAUAUUCAACGCCGAAAUAUUUUAGAAUACCAACAGUGCGAAAAACAAUUAAGUGGAACAAAAAUAUCUAAUGUUAAGCGGCAUUAUAAGCUUGUCCAUAAGAAAAACAUAGGUGAAAAACCAAGUGGAAGUGAAGAAGAAAAUUGUAUGAUACAGCUUAAACAACGCCAUAAAGCUGCGUAUUUAAAGGAAGAGAUUUUGAAAUGCCUUCAGAAAUAUAACAUUGACGUUGACCAAAUUUAUUGCAGUACAACAGAUAAUGGAGCAAAUAUGGUGAAAGUUAGUGAAAUACUCCAAGAUUUACAAGAAGAGCACAUAAACGAGGAAUUUAAUCAAGAGGAGUGCAGCAAUGAAACCGAUGAUGAAAAUAUUCAUGCAAUACUAGCAACGGUAUUAUCUGUUGUGAGAUGCGCUGCGCAUACAAUUCAACUUGCAGCCCAUGAUGUUUUAAAAAGUCUUGAACUGCAAAUUAGUGAAUACAAAGAUACUGUAAAGCAAUUACGAAAAGCUGUUAGGGCAGGCGAUAUUAAUAUGCAAAUGCCCAUUUUAGAUAAUACAAUACGCUGGAAUUCGACAUGUGAGAUAGCAUUACGUAUUUGGCGAUUUUUACAAAGACUUGUUAUGUUGCGUGAUAGAGCGCAACUCGCAGCGACUUUUGAAAAGUUAACAAAAUUGGAAGGCUUACGGAAAGUAGGAAAUGAACCAGAUUCUCCAAAUAUCUCAUCUGAUAUGACAUUUGAGUUUCCCACUAUUUCUGCAGCACCUUAUUCAAAAUUGCAGCAGCGCAUGACGGCAAAUAUAACAGCUAACACCGAAACAAAUCGCACCUUUAAACAAAAGCUCAUAGCACUUACCAACCAAAAAGGUGUUCCUCUUCAUACUGGCAUUUUAAGCUAUUGGAGAACGUCAAACAAUUAUAAGGAGAUUAAAAAAGUCGCAGCAGUUGCAUUAUCUGUUCCAGCUACACAAAGCUUAACUCCAAAAAUAUGUGCUUAA